AGUUUGACAGUUUUCCGCCGCGGCCAUGAUCAGAUGGCCAGAAAAGGUUUCUCUCCGUCCAAUUUGAAAAGUGCAUUAUGAGUGACGACAAGGAUGAAAAAGCUCCCGAAGCUGGGGAUUCGGGCGAGAAAAAGGAGGAUCCCGAGGUGUUUGAUUACAGGAAGGUUCCGUGCUACGAAGGAGCCGACCGUGAAAGUUUCUACACCGUAAUCUACAAAAAGAGGGAACCAGCUUUACUUCGGAAUGUCACUCUCGGACCGUGUGUUUAUAAAUGGAACGCGCGCUACCUGUCGAAUAGUGUCGGAUCAAAGUCCGUCAACAUUCUGGUUUCAUCACAGUCCCGGUUCGAUUUUAUGAACAAGAACUUCCUAAACAGAACACUGCCCUUCAAUGAGCUCGUGAAACGGUGUUCAGGAAUGGGCAAGCAUUCGGGAGAUCAUUUCCUGUGCGAGAGGGAAUACUACACGCUACGUCCGUCGGAGGACAAGAGAGAAGACUUCUUCAAGCACCACAAAGGUCUUCAGGAUGAUUUCAAGAUGCCGAAUCUCAUCCCGAAGGAGAAGCUCGUUUCUACCAGUCUGAAAGUCAAUAGUCCGGAAAUCGUCACUUGGAUCCAGUAUGACGUAAUGGACACUGUUCUUUGCCAAGUCCAAGGUUCGCGACGCAUAGUCCUAUUCCCUCCGAACCAAUCUUCGAAUUUGUACCUUCAUGAAGACAAAUCGCUAGUUCUGGAUGUGGAUCAUCCAGAUGUGAAGAAGUUUCCGAGGUUCGCCAAUGCCGAAAGAUGGGAAUGCGAAAUUUCGAGUCCCGGCGACGUACUCUUCAUACCCGCCUUGUGGUUUCAUUCCUCGAUCUGCAAAGAUUUUGGCGUAGCUGUUUCCUGUCUCUGGAGGCAUCUCGACAAGGACCAUUACGACAAGAAAGAUCCCUUGAACCACAAAGAUCCCAUCGCCGCCAGUCGGGCGUUGGAAAUGCUCAACAAAGCUGUAAAGCAGCUCGACGUCCUGCCCGAGGACUACAGACACUUCUACUACCGAAUGAUGAUCAAUCGAAUCCAUGAAAAACUGCCUGACGAUUCACCCCCUGCCUGAAAUCCGCUCAGUCUCCGCUGCUGGAAGUGAACCUUGGUCUGGGGAGGCUAUGCGAUCCGAGCGGGAGAUACGAUGUCGACGAAGGUGACUGCGGGCUUGGAAUCCGCGACUUCGCCCUAGAUUUUCGCACCCUUAUGGUGGGGGCAUCGUGAAAUACUCGAGAUAUCGAAGCGUCGCGGGGUGGGGGGCAUACAUAUCAGCAGCUCGAUGUCGGAUUAAGUAGUGCAAUCGUGUACGUUAAUGUCAUUCGCGAGGAAUCCCGAUCUGAAGGUCCAGUGUGGAUUAGUCGAGAUCAGGCGAAAGUGUCCAUCGCGUCCAGUGUAUACUCAACCGUGCAAUAAGUGAGCGGCAUGCGGAAAGUCAGCUCCGC